GCGAAACGAAAAAACAAGAAGAGGAAAUAUUCUGUCUUCACGUACUUUUGGGAUUCGCUUUCCAGAUUGUACCGGACUGCUCCGUACGACCAUCGGAGGAUCGCUGACCGUUUCUUCGCAGCAAACCCAAGAUUGAUGGGGCCGGACUUUUGCCAGUCGAUCCGUGUGGCGCUGUCAGUCGCCCGCUUUGUGCGCUCCUCCGCGACCUCAUCUUUUUCUCCUCUCGGGCCUGCUGGCUGCUUGUAGCGCAGACUCCGCUCGGGGCUUUUUCGGAUUCUCUCUCUGAUUUGUUUUGUUUUUGUCCUCUGCCCUUGGAUCAGCGUCAACCCGCCACCGCUCAUCCCUAAUUUCCGCCCCCGUAUGCUCUUAGUUUCGCUCUUGGCACGGGGAUUUCUUCCUCCGCACUUGUUGUCCGCCGGCACAGAGCCUGGAAGAACGACUGAAAAAAGCCAUGCAGCAUUCGGCGCUGGGCGCUAGAGUGACGGCGUCUUUCCCGGGUCUAGAUGGCCAGCCUGCUGCGCAAAAGAGUACUAGAUCCAAUAAUAACGGACCAGAGGCUCUAAAUCGGAGACGUAACCCGCUGGCAUGUGAGUUGUGCUACAAGAAAAAGAUCAAAUGCGAGGUCGAGGGCUCCAGCACGUCCUGUAUCCAAUGUAUGCGUCGUAACGUAACGUGCAAGUUCACCACGAGGAAAGAGAAACGAGAGAAUCUAAAAAGAACGCACUAUGUCAAGACCUUGGAAGAGCGUCUGAAGAAGACAGAGUCGUUGCUCAUAGCCGCAGGUCUUCUGGACGAAGAAGCCAUAGGCUAUGAUGAUUUGAGUGAAGAUGAGGACGAGGAGUCAUCAGAAGACGAGAGUGACGUCGACACCGAUCCAGGCUAUCCUUGUCAUGAGAGUGGGCGUAGCUCUGGUGAGUUGACAGGAAAUGACGACUCAAGGAAUCCAGAUUACAUGCCCGGAGAUCGAGAUCCAAUGUCGAUAUCAUGUACGACUGAUCCGGCCAAACCAUUCUGCUCAUCAAAUUCAGAAGGCCAAUCGAAGAAAGGCAAAAAGCGCCCACACCCUUGCGCCAACUCUCGAGAGCAAUGCUGUCCCCCCAUCAGAGGAGACUCGAAGGAAGAUUCACGAUAUUACGGGCGAAGUUCUUCGUUGUCAAUCUUAUCGCGCGACGGGAUUGAAUGGAUCAAGAAUAAAACAGGCGGAGCAGCAGUUCUCGCUCCCAUAUUUUCCAACACGAAUCAUGAUAGUCCCUGGAACUACUGGCGGCCCGACGUUUUCCACGACGUGUUUUCCUCCAAGGUGUUCAAACCGUUACCACCCAGAGCAGAAGUGUUCUCCCUGCUGGGGGACUAUUUCCGCACAGUCAACCGAUUGUUUCCGUUGUACCAUGAAGAAUCAUUUAUGCAGCUAGUCGAAUGGCAGUACACGCAGCAAACGUGUGACGAUGCAGCGCGCUGGGCCAGCAUCAAUAUCAUCCUUUCAUUAGCCUAUGAAUAUCGAUUUUCCAACAGCCAAAAGUCCGAGAAAGACCGCGAGAAAGCUUGGCUCUACUAUAAGAAUGCCAUGUCCGUGUUUGCCGAGCUGACCUUGCGACGAACCGAUUUGCUGAGCGUGCAAGCCCUUCUGGGCGUGGCCCUUUUUCUUCGAGGGAACUCGGGCACCCAGUCCGCUUUGCCGACGAUAACAGCUGCCAUCAGAUCGUGUCAACGGAUGGGGCUCCACCGUGACCUUCCAAGAUCACACCUGUCUGCCGUCGAGCAAGAGCAAAGAAAGAGGGUUUUCUGGAUUGCGUAUAUCCUUGACCAAAGCUCUUGUAUCCGAGUGGGCAGUUCGCCAGCUCAGCAUCCUGAUGAUUAUGACGUUGGGUUUCCUACAGAAACGCCCGAUGACAAAUUCGUCUCAUUCAACAACUUGUCGUUCUUCCGACAAUUAUGCCAUAUGACUGUGAUCAAGAGCCGAAUAUAUUCCAAGCUUUAUGCCGCUAAAGCGCUGCACAAUAAAUCUCCGACGGAGAUUUGCGGCAUCGUGAGAGAGUUGCACGCCGAACUGGAAGAAUGGAAGAGCGCAGACCCAUUCCUUCAUCAGAACUUGAAGCAGCGUGGAGCAGGUGAUGAUUUCCUCAUGGGAUUCGCCUGCGCCGGUCUGCAGUUUGUAUAUUAUAACUGCCUGAUUAUGAUCCAUCGGCUGCCUCUCGUCAUUCAUUUUGCCUACAUGCAUCGCCUCGCUAGCGGAGGUCGAGUGCAGCCAGACUCCAUGACCAUAUUGAGUCAGGCGUCUUCCUCGACUGUGAUAUGCGCCCAAGCUGCCCGGGACACGUUGAAGUUGGUGAACAACCUGCCGUGGGGCGAUGUGGCAUGGAUAUGGUCUCUACUUUACUAUAUCUUCCUCGCAGUGAUGACUAUUUUCGUCAGUAUUCUUCGCGAUCCCAAGAACCCAGACAACAAAAAUGACCUCCAUUCCUUGAACAUGGCUGCCACCUUCUUCGCAACGCUCAUUCCCGGCGACCGACCCUGCACCUACGCACGAUUCAUGACGCGAAUGUGCGCCAACUUCGAGCGGAUCGCUCGCAUGGUGCUCGAUCGAGAGCAGAAAGCUCUGAAACCUGGCGAGAAAGGCCACUCGGGACAUCCAUCGGUCCCGACAAGGGGGAUGGACACAGCAUCUGCCAAAUCGGACGAUGAUGAGCAAUCUUCCACAUCUUCGUCUCCCCCAGUCCACCCAGCCACAUUAAACGGAGUUAACAUCCCCAACCUAGAGGGCCUCCCACGCAUCAAUUCUUCUGGUUAUGUCGUACCCGACAGUCCCAGCGACACUCCAGGCAAUGACACCACUAUCCCACUCAACACCUCAAUUCCUCAACCACCACCACAUUCUCAUCCUCCUAGCAAUCCCCAACCAGCACCGACGCCUACCCCUCGCUCCCAACCCCAUCCUCACCCCGCUAACACUACGUGCCUCGAAAACGUGAACAUGCUCCCUUUCUCUAUCAGCGACAACCUGGCCCCCGACCUCUGGCAGAUUCCCUUAACCGCGGACUGGGAACUAGGCAAUCAAUUCUGGGGUGGUUUCUUUGGCCAGAACUUCGGCGCUCCGGGAGCCAGCGCCGAAACCGGAGCUCCAGGGGCGGAGAACAUGCCUCACUCUCAGCCUUCUCAACAACCUCCCAUGAACAUGGGAUUCGACUUCCCUGCCGGGGUAGGUCCAGGAGGAGGUGGCUUACCGUUCGGAGCGCCCGCCCAGCCGAUGUGGAGUUAUGGGCCGUUUUUCGAUCCCUUCUAGGCGAUUGUUUCGGUCUGUCAGAUACAUGGAUGAUAGUCCGGUGGGAUAAGCACGUUAAGCGGGUUUUUAUUAUUCACUUCUGCAUAUCGUGAUACGCAGACACGUUACAUGUGAAGAACAGGCAUGAUGAGAUUGUACAGCGACAGGCGAGGAAGCAAAAAGGAGCGAAGCAAGCAAGCAUAACAUUUGGAAAUAAUGAAUGACGAUAGUACCUUUAAUAAACCAG